AGACUCUAUGACCCAGUGUUAGUGUGAAGACUGGAAAGGUGAAAGUCACUGACCACAAAUCUGCACAAGAUGCCUCUGAUACUUUAUCGCAAAUCAGGGGACCUUGAAGGAGACACUCAAUACCUGGUGACUGCUGACGACGGAGCAAAGAAAGGAAGGCCAUCCCUGAAUUUAGCGUGUUGGAUUGGAGCCGCUGUAGUGUGUCUGCUGCUUCUUCUGCUGUCUCUCAUUCUGAUGGCUCAGAAUUACAGCGCUAUUGAUCAAUGGGACACCAACUAUAAACACCUGAUUUACAACCUGACAAAAGACAAGAAAGACACUGUGAAAGACCAGCCAAACUUUCAAAACAUGAUCUCAAGCAACCUGGAUCAGGUCCAGAACACUCUGAGAGAUGAGCGAGAAACUCUAGAACAAGAGAGAAAUGAGCUGAAGAAAUACACUGUCAGCCUGACAAGUGACAGAGAUGCUCUGAGAAAAGCGCGAGAUGCUUCGAGAAAUGAACGAGACCGCCUGAAGGUUCACAUCAGCGAUCUGACUAAAGAGAUAGACACUCUAAAGCACGACCAUGAAGCUUUGAAAGCUGAGCGGACUGCUUUGAAAAAUGAGCAAGACCAAUUUAAGACUCAAUUCGGCAAUCUGACACAAUACAAAGAUGCUCUGGAAGAACAGCGAGAUGUUCUGAGAGACGAGCGAGGGGCUCUGACAGUCGAGCGUGGGGCUCUGAAGGAUGAACGAGACCUUCUGAAGAUGCUGACCUUCAACCUGACGAAGGACAGUGAUGCUCUGAGAGAUGAACGAGACGCUUUCAGAGACAAGCGGAAUCAGCUGAAGAUUCAAUCCAAUAACCUGACCGACACCUUACAGGCUCUGCAGAGCCAAUAUGACACUGUGGUUGCAAGUCGAGAUACGCUUCAAGAGGAGGUCAAUCAGCUCAAACUCGUCCAAAAAGAUUACCAAACAGGUAAAACCUGCAUCCAAGGAUGGACUUUGUUCAACAACAAGUGCUACUACUUCUCUCCUCAUUCCGUGCAUAAAGACUGGGAGGAUAGCCGUCAAGACUGUUUAGCAAGAGGAGGGGUCCUGGCGAUGCCAAAAACACAGCUUGAGCUUGCUUUUGUGGGUACAGGUAAUCCCUAUACCUGGCUCGGUCUGUCAGACUUGGCGAAUGAAAACACUUGGGAGUGGGUGGAUGGAACUGUAAAGCGAGGUCGUGAAUUCUGGAGACCAGGGGAACCUAAUAAUGUUGGAAAUGAGGACUGUGCAGCAGUUGGAGAAGAAGAUCUGCUAAUGAAUGACUCACUUUGUAGCGGUAAAAAUUCAUGGGCAUGUGAGGCCUAAGGUUCAGUCAGGUUGUCAAUAAUGGGUGGUUACAGUCUAGAAAUAAUGAAUAAUUCAUUUUUCCUUGUGUAACUUUAUUUGUUGGAUUAUUAUGUUGUGUAUAAAGUAAAAUCAUGUAAGUUAAUCAGAGAUGAUUUGAAAUAAAGUGUUAUAGAAAUAUUCCUUUUGAUUACACAAUGAGUUAUAUUGAAUGAAAAAUACUGAGAAAAUGCUUUUUGAACCACUUUUUUUAUUGAUGUAAUAAUGAUUAAAUGAAAUUUUAU